AUGGGUAAAGAGAAGCUCCACCUUAACGUUGUCGUUAUCGGUCACGUCGAUUCCGGAAAGUCGACCACCACUGGUCACUUGAUCUACCAAUGUGGUGGUAUCGACAAGCGUACCAUUGAGAAGUUCGAAAAGGAAGCCGCUGAACUCGGUAAGGGUUCCUUCAAGUACGCUUGGGUUCUCGACAAGCUGAAGGCUGAGCGUGAGCGUGGUAUUACCAUCGAUAUCGCUCUCUGGAGAUUCGAAACACCAAAGUACAACGUCACUGUCAUUGAUGCCCCAGGUCACAGAGAUUUCAUCAAGAACAUGAUUACUGGUACCUCUCAAGCUGACUGUGGUAUCCUUAUCAUUGGUUCUGGUACUGGUGAAUUCGAGGCUGGUAUCUCCAAGGACGGUCAAACCCGUGAGCACGCCCUCCUCUCAUUCACUCUCGGUGUCAAGCAACUCAUUGUUGCACUCAACAAGAUGGACACCUGUCAAUACUCAGAGGCUCGUUACACUGAAAUUGUCAAGGAAACCUCCAACUUCAUCAAGAAGGUCGGUUACAACCCUAAGGCCACCGCUUUCGUUCCAGUUUCUGGAUGGAACGGUGACAACAUGCUUGAACCAUCUACCAACAUGCCAUGGUACAAGGGAUGGGAGCGUGAAACCAAGAGCGGUAAGCUCAGCGGUAAGACUCUCAUUGAGGCUAUUGACUCUAUUGAGCCACCAAGCCGUCCAACUGACAAGCCACUCCGUCUUCCAUUGCAAGAUGUUUACAAGAUUGGUGGUAUUGGUACUGUGCCAGUUGGUCGUGUUGAGACUGGUCAAAUUAAGCCAGGUAUGGUUGUCACUUUUGCACCAUCAGCCGUCACCACUGAAGUUAAGUCGGUUGAAAUGCACCACGAGCAAUUAGAAGCUGGUCAACCAGGUGACAACGUUGGUUUCAACGUCAAGAACGUUUCCGUUAAGGAUAUUCGUCGUGGUAACGUUGCAUCUGACUCCAAGAACGACCCAGCAAAGGAGGCUGCAUCAUUCAACGCUCAAGUCAUUAUCCUCAACCACCCAGGUCAAGUUGGUGCUGGUUACUCACCAGUCCUUGACUGUCACACCGCCCACAUUGCCUGUAGAUUCGCUGAACUCCUUGAGAAGAUCGACAGACGUACCGGUAAGACUGUUGAAGAAUCACCUAAGUUCGUCAAGUCAGGUGAUGCAUCUAUCAUCAAGCUCACCCCAACCAAGCCAAUGUGUGUUGAGUCAUACAUGGACUACCCACCACUUGGUCGUUUCGCUGUCCGUGACAUGCGUCAAACUGUUGCUGUUGGUGUUAUCAAGUCAGUUGAGAAGACUGAGAAGGGUGGUAAGACCACCAAGGCUGCUGAGAAGGCAACCAAGAAGAAGUAA